AUGAAGGAGUUCUUCACCUACACCGCUAACGACCACGAUUUCCACGAACCCAUCAACAACGAUCAGCUUUCAAACAACCUGCGUAAGAGCCUGCGUGUCAUUUUCAUUAAGGGACCCGAGAACAGCGGUGUGCAAGAUGCUGCUUUGGCUCUGUCCAAACAGGCAGCCGAGCAAAAUACUGCGAUUUAUGUGCUGAACAAGCAGGCUGAUAUCAACGAUCUUGGAAACAAGCUAAAUAGCCUUCGCUCCAACAACAACCAGAAGCCAGAGGUUCACUUUGUUAAAUACCGCACACCGGAGGAUGCUCUCAAUGCCCAGCGCGCCAUCCAAGGUCAGUACGAUGAGCUGGGAGGUAGCUCAUCCCAUCAAAAUGGCGGCGUUGCACCCGUGCUGAAUUUUGCCUCCCACGCACCCGCUCAGCCAGCGGCAGAGGCUCACCAGCCCUUGAACUCAUAUCUGCCUUCAUCGGUGCUCCGCAGUCGUCUCUAA